AUGCCGUUAGCCGAACGCGCUCACUUCGGACAGCACAAGACUGCGAAAGCACUGUACGACACUGUAGUCGCUCGUUACUCCUCCCCGGCCACUGCUGCUCUAGGCCACCUUCUCCUGCCCUACCUGUUCCCAGAGCUGUCUGCCUUUCCCACAGUAGCCGACCUCGUCACUCACCUUCGUACUAGUGACACUCGCUACCGCGCUGCGCUUCCCGCCGAGUUUCUCACCAAGAACCAUCCUCCCAUGUACAUCACUCUCUACUUCAUAGUAACCCACCUCCAUGACUCUCUUAGCGCUGUCAGGGACCUCCUUCUAGCCGUUGACCCCACCACCCUUACUGUCGACUUGCUCGAGAAGCACCUCCUUGCAGCUGAGACUAUCAUAGUUGCUGUAGGCGCUUCUCGUGGCAAUCCUUGCCCUCCCUUCUUUGAGGAGUGUUCGCCCUCCCCACUUCUCCCCUCAGUCGCCUCUGCUGCAGCUGUUGACUACCUUCGUGCUAAGGAGGUAGGAGCUACGUCUGCCCCUAGUGGGAGGCACCGCAGCGGCAGGGGCAGGGGAGGCAGGGGCGGUGGGGGCAGCAGAGGUGGAGGCGGUGGUGGGGCCGGUGGAGGCGGUGGAGGGGGCGGCGGUGGCGGAGGGAGUGGUAGUGGCAGUGGUGGUGGCAGUGGCGGUGGCAGUGGCGGUAGUGGUGGUGGCAGUGGUGGUGGCAGUGGUGGUGGCAGUGGCGGUAGUGGCGGUGGCAGUGGCGGUAGUGGCGGUGGCAGUGGUGGCGGCAGUGGGAGUGGAGGCGGUGGCAGUGGUGGCGGCCGGGGUGGUGCGAGUCAGAGGGGAGGCCUGGGCGGUGUGGUCCCUGCCCGUAUGUAA